GUGGAUUAAUUCGCACCGUACGUCACGCACAUCUGUUAUGUUUUGACAGUUCGUGGUUCGGAUGUGUUUUUAAAAACGACCAUGAGAUCGAAAUAAGCUCCUCGUAAAAAAAUCGCCGUUUCGUAACUUUCGUGUAAUAUGCGAGAGAAAAUGCCACCGUUUAGGAAGAAAAAAUCGUCAAAGAGCUUCCCCGUUAAGGUUUGUUCGCUCGACGCCGAAUUGGAGUUCAAUUUGGAGUGGAAAGCGACAGGAAGGGAAUUAUUCGAUUUAGUAUGUCGCACAAUCGGGUUACGAGAAACGUGGUACUUCGGGUUACAAUACGAAGACUCGAAAGGUUUAAUAUCUUGGUUAAAGCUCGACAAAAAAGUCCAAUACCAAAGCAUACAAAAGGACGAUCAAAAAACCGCCUCGUUUAUGUUCUUAGCUAAAUUUUACCCGGAAGAAGUCGCCGAGGAGCUAGUUCAAGAAGUCACUCAACACCUAUUUUUCUUACAAGUUAAGCAAGCGAUUCUUUCGAUGGAUAUUUAUUGCCCCCCCGAAGCUUCGGUUUUAUUAGCAAGCUACGCGGUUCAAGCGAAAUUCGGGGAUUUCGACGAGGAUACUUACAAACCGGGGAUGUUAGCGAGCGAAGAUUUAUUACCACAAAGAGUUAUCGACCAAUAUCAGAUGACGAUUGACAUGUGGGAGGAGAGAAUUCGAGUUUGGUACGCGGAUCAUCGAGGGAUGAGUCGAGAUGAGGCCGAAAUGGAGUAUUUAAAGAUCGCGCAAGACUUAGAGAUGUACGGGGUUAAUUAUUUUUCAAUUACGAAUAAAAAAGAGACCGAAUUAUGGCUUGGUGUGACAGCGUUGGGGUUAAAUAUUUACGAGAAGGAGAAUAAAUUGCAGCCGAAAACGACGUUUACUUGGUCGGAAAUACGACAUAUUAGUUUCGACGAUAAAAAAUUUAUUAUUAAACCCGUCGAUAAGAGUUCGCCAAAUUUCGUGUUUUUUAGUCAAAAAGUUCGUAUGAAUAAAUUGAUUUUAGAUUUAUGCAUCGGAAACCACGAUUUAUUUAUGAGACGUCGAAAACCCGACUCGAUGGAACUCCAACAAAUGAAAGCGGCCGCAAAAGAAGAAAAACAACGCCGCCAAGUCCAACGAAAUCGCCUGGCGAAAGAAAAACAACUCCGCGAAGAAGCCGAACGCGAAAAAGCAAACAUGGAACAACGAUUAUUACAAUACCAAGAAGACAUCCGAUUGGCGAACGAAGCUUUACGCCGAUCGGAAGAAAGCGCCGAUCUUUUAGCGGAAAAAAGUCGCGUCGCCGAAGAGGAAGCGUUACUUUUAAGCCAAAAGGCGACGAAAGCCGAACAAGAAAUGACGAAAAUGAGGUUGAACGUGAUGCGGAGCGAAGAGGAGAGGGUUACUUUGGAGAGGAAAACGCGCGAGGCUGAGUUGUUAACGGCCAGAUUGGUGGAGGAGUCGGAAAGGAGGGCUUUGGAGGCGAAUAAGUUAAAAGAUGAAUUGUUGAAGGCGCGAACGGCGGAGAAAUUGGCGAAAGAGAAGUUGUUGGAUUUUUUGAAUCGGGGGAGAUACGGUGGGUCGGUUGCGUCGAGUCCUUUGUCGUCUGUAACAAAUUUAUAUUCAAAUCAAUUAACCGCAUCGUAUCAAUCGGAUUUACAAGCCAUCGAAUGUUGCGAUCCAAUGGGUGAUAUAACGAUAGCCGCUUACGACUUAGUAUUGGGUUGCGGGGGCACAGAGCAAGACCCGCUCUCGUUAGAAAUGGAAAAAGAACGAGUCGAGUACCUCCAAAAAUCAAAACAUCUCCAAAACCAGCUGGUCCAAUUGCGAUCGGAAAUCGAAGUGCUAAAAGUCGGCGAAAAACAAUCCGAAUUGGACCACAUCCACGACGAACAAAUCAAAAUGGGCGAGAACAAGUAUUCGACGUUGAAAAAAAGCAAGUCAGGAUCGACGAAAUCAAGAGUUGCCUUUUUUGAGGACCUCUAAUAAUUUUCGGUUCAUAUUUGUUAUGAACGAAUUAAUUUAAUAAUAAUAAGAAAGAAAGUUUUUAUUAUCUAAGUGCCUCUUUUAUUGAAAUAGUUAAAAAUUAUUAAUCUAUAUUUGUAUAUUUUGUCUUUUUUGUUCAUUUUAAGAGAAAAACUAUGAAUAAACGAGUUUAAUUUCGUA